UGCUUCCGGCGGCGGAGGGAGGAGGAGGGGGUGGCUGCGCCAUGAGUUUUCUCAAGCGGUUCCCGCCGCCGGCUGAUGGUGUCCGCCAUCGGCAGCCCGACACGGAAGCGGUGCUGGCGGGGCGCAGCCUGGGCGCCGGCACGCUCUACAUCGCCGAGAGCCGUCUGUCAUGGCUGGAAAACUCAGGAGUUGGCUUCUCCUUGGAUUAUCCCACCAUAAGCUUACAUGCUGUCUCCAGGGACCUGAAUGCGUACCCCUGGGAGCACCUGUACGUCAUGGUGAAUGCCAGGUUUGAAGAGGAGGAGACGAAGGAGGCCCCCAUGGCUGAAGGGGAGGAGGAAGACAGCGAUGACGAUGUCGAACCAAUUGCAGAAUUCAGAUUCGUACCCGGCGACAAAUCGGCCCUGGAAGCCAUGUUUUCAGCAAUGUGUGAAUGCCAAGCUCUGCACCCAGACCCAGAAGAUGAGGAUUCAGACAAUGACUACGAAGGCGACGAGUACGAUGUUGAGGCCCGCGAGCUGGAACAGGGCGACAUCCCCAGCUUUUACACGUACGAGGAAGGACUGUCACAUCUAACGGCAGAAGGUCAGGCCACACUGGAGAGGUUAGAGGGCAUGUUGGCCCAGUCUGUCAGCAGUCAGUACAACAUGGCCGGGGUGAGAACAGAAGACUCCAUAAGGGAGUUUGAAGAUGGGAUGGAGGUGGACAUUGCACCAACAGUUGCAGGGCAAUUUGAAGAUGCAGAAGUUGAUCACUGAGGAGGACGUAUGCUGCUAUUCUUCUUGUGGCACUUCCAGAGUAAGCUGUAGAACUGAAGGCGUUGCAGUGACUGUUGGCAGUUAAUCUUUAAUGGCUCAAGCUCAGACAUCAAGGUCUAUAAAUGCUUUUAUAUAUGUUUAAAAAGGGUUUGACAUUUGUGACCACUAUGGGGUUAUUUAAAAAAAAAAAAAAAGCAAAACAAAUGAAUUCUCUCCCAUCUAACCCUUGACUGGGGCUAACCAGGGGUCAUUUGGAAGAAGCCUUUGUAGGAAUUCUGGGACUUCAGAAAGAAGAGUGUAAGUAGAACAGAAUCUUAAGUUUGUCCUGGAAUUCUCCAUAUUUUUGUACCUUUGAGUAAGUGGAAUAGAAUGGCAGUGUUACCAUGUGAAACUGGAAGGAAAUAAGGUCAGCCAUGAAUUAAAAGCAAAGCUAAAGGUAAUGCCCCUCAAGUAAUUGCUUUUGUUGGUUCGCUGCUGUCCCUCUGAAUUCUCUGGGAGCAAAGUUUGGGUAGUAGAAUGGAGAUGGAAUGAAAUCUCUCAAGUCCUUCAAAUGAGAACUGUUUUGUCUUUGUAUUAAAUGUUAACAACGUUGUUAAAUAAACUUAAGAUUUUUGUAUCUCACAGUCAA